AUGCAUCGCGUACGGGCAUGGGCUCAUUCUUCUGCUCACAAAAACAAGUUCAAUCCUUGGUCGCAAGAUCUGGAAAGUGAUGCGGCUGCAAGAGAAAAGGCUCAAGAUGAUGAGCAAAAACCUUCGCGUGGUGCUCGGUUUUUGGCAAACGUGAAGACCGCGCUCUUCCACAGCUGGGUCAACGUCUUACUCAUCUUCGUCCCCGCCGGCAUCGCAGUCCACUUUGCUGGAGUCAAUCCCAAUGUCGUUUUCGCCCUCAAUGCCAUUGCUGUCAUUCCUUUGGCGGGCAUCCUUACCUUCGCAACAGAGUCCGUUGCACACAGACUCGGUCCAACUCUUGGCGCUCUUCUGAAUGUGUCAUUCGGAAAUGCAGUGGAAUUGAUCAUCUUUGUUAUUGCACUCGUCAAAAAUGAGUUGCGCAUCGUCCAAGCAGCAUUAAUAGGCUCACUCCUAGCAAACUUGCUCCUCAUUCUGGGCAUGGCAUUCCUUAUUGGGGGCCUUGAGUUUCAGGAACAAAUCUACGACAGCACAGUGACACAAAUGUCCGCCGCACUUUUGGCAUUAGCUGUGCUUAGUCUCCUCAUUCCCACCACUUUUCAUGCUUCCUUCAAUGACUUGGACCUGGCGGAUGAACGAGUCCUGAAACUCAGCCGAGGAACCUCAGUCAUUCUCCUCCUGAUAUACUUUUUGUAUCUCCUAUUCCAGCUCAAGUCUCACGCAUAUCUUUACGCUGGUACCCCACAACACCGCAUUGACGAACAGUCUGCUCCGGGCUUUCUUGCGCGCUUCGAUUCCACCACUUCAUCGUCUGCGAGCUCUUCAAGAGCGUCGACUGCCAGUACCGGGUCUCGCCGCCGAGUUCGAAAGAGCAUAAGAGCAAAACUUGGGCGUAAGAGACAGGUCAAGACAGAGGACGUUGAGGCUGAAGGUGGCGAUGCUAUUCUGUCGGAGGAGCCCGAGGCACUGAGUAAUGCUGAAGGAAAACAGCCUCAAUCUGACAGAGAUUUGGCGAGCGAUGUGCGCGUGCAAGGAGAGAACCACCCAUCUCCCCACCAAAGACCUGGUGUCAAAGACAAGAGAACCAACCCUGGAAACAGAGGCCUCUCCUUCCGUACUCCUCCCGUCUUUCGAUCUUCGACUCUACCACCUGGAAAUAAUACCGGCCAAGCGAUUACCGCACAUCCCCUACGACAGUACCGUUCAGAACCAGGUCAUAGCCGACGGGGCUCCUCGGCUGGUGAACAUUUUAGGAGGCAAAAUUCACCCAUGAUUCCAACCAAGCAAGAAGAAGGCGAGGCGCCUAUGAGUCAAACCGCUUCUAUCAUGCUCCUUCUGGCCUCUACAGGUUUGGUAGCUCUGUGUGCGGAAUUCUUGGUUGGGAGCAUUGAGCAUUUGGUGGAGAACUCACCAGUCUCAGAGGCUUUCAUCGGCCUGAUCAUCCUCCCAAUCGUCGGAAAUGCGGCCGAGCAUGUGACCGCCGUUACUGUCGCGGCCAAGAAUAAACUCGACCUUGCACUGGGCGUUGCACUUGGGAGCUCGAUCCAGAUUGCCCUGUUUGUGACACCUUUUGUUGUGAUUCUGGGUUGGAUUCUCGACAAAGAUAUGUCGCUCUACUUCAGUCUCUUCGAAACCGGGUCUCUUUUUGUUGCCACCUUCAUCGUGAACUUUCUGGUGAGUUGGGAUAUUCCGUCACUGUUCUACUAUUGUGACCUGGUCUUUGGCAAUCUGAUGACAGCUUCCCACAUUCAGCCAAGACAACCGAAGACUGACAUGAGGUUAUUACAGGUGCUUGACGGUAGGAGCAAUUAUCUCGAAGGGGCGCUUCUGUGCGCGUGUUAUAUCAUCAUUGCUGUUGGAGCAUACUUUUUCCCAGAUGGCCAAGACCAGAGCUCCUUGACUCGAGGGCCGGGAAGUUAG